AUGAUCAAAUCUCUUCUUUUAGUCUCCAUUCUCGGCGGCUGUGCCUUUGGCGCGCCGUCUCACAGCACUAAUGGCAACCCAGUAGUUGACCUGGGUUAUGCAAAAUAUCGAGGCGUUCGCAAUGCUUCAUAUGGCCUCGAUUAUUACUUUGGCAUUCGUUAUGCAGCACCUCCGACGGGCGAGUUGCGCUGGCAAGCACCACAAGACAUUGAGUCUCAUGGUAAACACUCCUCGGGAAUUAUUGACGCUACUACUGUAGGGCCUCAGUUAUUGGGUGCUAGUCCUCAAAUACCAGCGUCGGAGGAUUGCUUACUUCUCAACGUUCUUAAGCCGGUAUCGCCGAAAUCCAAAUCUCUCCCUGUUCUUGUCUAUAUUCAUGGAGGAGGUUACGUCACUGGUAACUCCAUCUCCUCGGAUGGCUCAGAUUUUACAAAGUAUGCCCAAGGCAAUGUUAUUUGGGUCUCCAUUCAAUACCGCCUCGGUGCAUACGGAUUUUUGAACCCAAAGGAGUUUGAUGGACACGCCGGAGUAAAAAAUGCUGGCCUUCUCGAUCAGCGCCUCGCCCUUGAAUGGGUUCAGCGUCAUAUCUCUGCAUUUGGUGGCGAUCCCUCCAAGGUGACGAUUUGGGGAGGGAGCGCAGGCGGUGGAUCGGUUGUGAACCAAAUGAUUUACAAGGGAGGAGAGAAUAAACCACCGUACAGAGGUGCGAUUGCAGAAUUCCCAUGGCUGCAGCCUUACCACGACGACACCUUUUUGCAAAAACAGUAUCAGAAUCUCUUAAAUGAUGCCAAGUGCGGUAACGUCGCCUGUCUUCGAAGUUUAUCUCCAUCCGCAUUGGAAACGGCGAUAACUAAAAGCUACUAUACUGGCUACGAUGCCGGACUAUACUCUUAUGGAGAUAUGUUCUAUGGACCUUCAGUAGAUGGAGAUUUCGUCCAUGAUCUACCAUCUGUAGAAUUCAACAAGGGCCAUUUUGCCAGGGUUCCGCUCAUGACAAACCAUGAUUCGUUCGAAGGUAUGAAGACGACCACAUCGUUUGUAUAUCACAUCUUCCCUCAUUAA